AUGGGCGACGCAGAUACGUUAUCUAUACUCGCCAGGGUUGAUGAUGAGGCGGUUGCUGUGGUGAUGACGCUACUAGGCGACGGAGAUAAACUGACCACAGACGAGCUACUACUGGCUUCCAUGGCUUCAGCUGGCGACACCCCCGCAACCGACUG